CUUUAACUGAUAGAAAUAAGCAAUUUCAACAUUGCGUUGGAAAUAAAAUAAUGUUAUAUUUGCAGGAACUAUGCUGAUGUUUGUAUUAGAUGAAUGGCCGAUAAACCAUUUGGAGCCGACGAGUUUCUACUGGCUAGCAUCACCGUCCACAUAAUUACAUAGAGCUAGCGAUGUCUAGCUAAUACAUUAUACUGGCGUGCGAAUGAUAUUACUAGCGGGCAGGAUAGACUUCAUGCUGUGCCGUGCUCACUUAGCUGAUUUAUCUUACCGUCUUAUUUAGAUGGCAACUCAACACAAUUUCUUGCGUUGAACGAGCUACUAGGAUACGUUAGCAUUGCAUACUGUUGGUGAACAGGUCGUGACUGAGGAUUGAGGAGAGAAUCAACAUAGGUCAUUUUAUCUUGGAUCAACAAUGGCCUUCAGCAAGGGGUACCGCAUUUACCAUAAACUGGACCCACCGUAUAGUGUCAUAGUGGAAACGAGGAACAAAGAUGAGUGCCUCAUGUUUGAGUCUGGAGCUGUCGCUGUACUGUCGGCUGCGGAGAAGGAAGCCAUCAAAAACACUUAUACCAAGAUGGUUGAUGCCUACGGGAUUCUUGGGGUUCUCCGUCUAAACCUGGGUGACUCCAUGCUCCACAGUCUGGUGGUGGUCACGGGAUGCAGCUCCGUGGGCAAAGUGCAGGACUCUGAGAUCUUCAGGGUCACGCAGACAGACUUCAUUUCGCUGAAAAACGACCCCGCCGACGAGGACCGCAUCGCGGACGUGCGCAAGGUGCUGAGCUCGGGACACUUCUACUUUGCCUGGUCCGCCACGGGAGUCAGCAUGGACCUCAGCCUCAACGCUCACCGCAGAAUCCUGGAGGACACUACGGACAACCGCUUCUUCUGGAACCAGUCUCUUCACCUGCACCUGAAGCACUACGGCGUCCACUGCGAGGACUGGCUGCUGAGGCUGAUGUGCGGCGGCGUGGAGGUCCGGACCAUCUACGCCGGCCACAAACAGGCCAAGGCCUGCAUCAUCUCCCGCCUCAGCUCGGAGCGCGCCGGCACCCGCUUCAACGUGCGCGGCACCAACGACGACGGCCAGGUGGCCAACUUCGUUGAGACGGAGCAGGUGAUCUUCCUGGACGACAAGGUCUCCUCCUUCAUCCAGAUCCGCGGGUCCAUUCCGUUGUUCUGGGAACAGCCUGGAAUACAGAAAAAGUCAAUUAAGGGCGUUUUGUUGCAACUGAAUGAAAAUCGACGACCUAAUGGAAUGGAUGAAAACCCCCACCUGGUUGGCUCCCAUCGCGUCAAGCUCUCCAGGGGUUUCGAGGCGAACGCACCCGCAUUUGAAAGACACUUCAGUGCGCUGCGGAAGCUGUAUGGCAAACAGGUGAUCAUUAACCUCCUGGGCAGCAAGGAGGGGGAGCACAUGCUCAGCAAAGCAUUCCAGAGUCACCUGAAGGCGUCGGAGCACGGCGGCGCGGUGAAGAUGGUGAACUUCGACUACCACCAGAUGGUGAAGGGGGGCAAGGCAGAGAAGCUGCACAGCGUGCUCAAGCCCCAGGUCAGCCGCUUCGUGGACGACUGCGGCUUCUUCUACUACUCUGGAGAGACUGGCAUCGCCAGGACGCAGAGCGGGACCCUCCGGACCAACUGCCUGGACUGCCUGGACAGGACCAACAGUGUCCAGGCCUACUUUGCCCUGGAGAUGUUACCCAAGCAGCUGGAAGAGAUGGGCCUGACUGAGAAGCCCCAGCUGGUGGCUCGUUUCCAGGAGGUCUUCCGGACCAUGUGGACCGUCAACGGAGACUCGGUCAGCAAGAUCUACGCCGGUACGGGCGCCCUGGACGGGAAGGCCAAGGUGGGAAAGCUGAAGGACGGGGCGCGCUCAGUGACGCGGACCAUCCAGAACAACUUCUUCGACAGCUCCAAGCAGGAAGCCAUCGACAUCCUGAGGCUGGGCUCCACCCUGAACAGCGACCUGGCUGACAAGGCCCGGGCGCUGCUCACCACCUCCAGUCUUUACGUCACUGAGCCUGUGUUACAAUCAGCGUCUCCCAGAGUGCUUCUGGGCAUGUGUCAGAACUACCGCAAGUACACGCGGCCAAAGCAGAUCCGUGUGUGCGUCGGAACCUGGAACGUCAACGGGGGCAAGCAGUUUCGCAGCAUUGCCUACCGCAACCAGACCCUCAACGAUUGGCUGCUGGACGCGCCAAAGAAGGCGGGGCUUCCUGAGUUUCAAGACGGAAAGCCAAACCCCCCUAUAGAUAUUUUUGCCAUUGGCUUUGAGGAGAUGGUGGAGCUGAACGCUGGCAACAUAGUCAGUGCCAGCACCACCAACCAGAAGAUGUGGGCCGCCGAGCUGCAGAAGAACAUCUCCCGGGACCACAAGUACGUCCUGCUGGCGUCGGAGCAGCUGGUGGGCGUGUGCCUGUUUGUGUUCAUCCGCCCGCAACACGCCCCCUUCAUCAGGGAUGUCGCCGUGGAUACAGUCAAAACCGGGAUGGGCGGAGCCACUGGCAAUAAAGGGGGCGUUGCCAUCCGCCUGCUGUUCCACACCACCAGUAUCUGCUUCCUCUGCUCCCACUUUGCAGCUGGCCAAUCACAGGUCAAGGAGAGGAACGAUGACUACAAUGAGAUCACGCGCAGACUCUCCUUCCCUAUGGGUCGCCUGCUGUACUCCCACGACUACGUGUUCUGGUGCGGGGACUUCAACUACCGCAUCAACCUGCCCAACGAGGAGGUGAAGGAGCUCAUCAAGCAGCAGAACUGGGAGGCCCUGACCGCCGGAGACCAGCUGCUGGACCAGAAGAACGCCGGCAUGGUCUUCCGCGGGUUCAUCGAGGGCGACCUGGACUUCGCCCCCACCUACAAGUACGACCUGUUCUCGGAGGACUACGACACCAGCGAGAAGUGCCGCACGCCCGCCUGGACGGACCGCGUGCUCUGGAACAGGAGGAAGUGGAACUUUGACAAAACGGCGGAGGAGAUGAACGUGGUGGGAGCGGCGGCCGCCAGCGAGGACGAUACGGACGGCGCCUGGAACCCCGGCGAGCUCAAGUACUACGGCAGGGCUGAGCUCAAGACCUCGGACCACAGGCCUGUGAUGGCGGUGAUGGACGUGGAGAUCCUGGAGGUGGACCCGGAGGCGCGGCACCAGGUGUACAAGGAGGUGAUCGCCCUGCAGGGGCCCCCCGACGGCACGGUGCUGGUGUCCCUCUGCGCCUCGGGGCCCGACGACUACUUCGACGACCCGCUCAUCGACGAGCUGCUGGACAAGUUCAGCACCUUCGGCGAGGUCAUCCUCAUCAGGUUUGUGGAGGAGAAGAUGUGGGUGACCUUCCUGGAGGGUUACUCUGCCCUGGCUGCCCUGUCUCUCAGCGCCUCCACGGUGCUGGGCAAGACGAUUGACAUCCGUCUGAAGAGCUCCGGCUGGAUCAGGAGCCUGGAGGAGGAGAUGAGCGUGGACCGCAUCUGCGGCGCCAUCCCCACCUCGGCCAGCUCCACCCUGCUGGCCGAGGACACCAACAUGGGCGACGAUGACUACGACAUGGAGGGCGACGUGGACGAGGAGGUGGAGGAGAUCCUCCCCCAGCACCUCCAGCCCGGCGCGGGGUCCGGCGCGGGGUCCGGCGCGGGCUGCUCCCCGGCCCCCUCCCCUCGAGGUAGUCCCUGUCCCUCCCCCACCGAAGGGGGCCCCCCCACCAGGCCCGGCCGGUCCGCACAACCCUCCCGGCCCACACAAGGUCCGCCGGGAGACUUCCAGCCCCUGGAGCCCAAGCGGCCCCCACCCCCGCGACCCAACGCCCCUCCAGCCAGACCCGCGCCCCCCCAGAGACCACCGCCCCCUUCAGGAGGCACGAUGAGUCCUAUGCUGUUUAGAAAAGGCUCUGCAGACUGUGGGGAAUGUCCGAGCCCGCUGCUCUUUAAGAGGAGAGGCAGUGAAGGACCAAAGAGCCCUGCUAUCUCUGGGCCCGACGCAGCAGGUCGAAGUGGAGCUCCCGGGUCCGGAGGUGGGCCAAGACCGAACAUUCCAGCCCGAGCUGGUGUGAUCAGCGUUCCCGCCCAGGGUCGCCAGACCCCUCCCGCUCAUCCCGGGGCACCCAGACCCAUUCCAGAGGUUCACCCUGGAGCCCCCCGCCCUGUCCAGGAUAACCCCCCCGGGGCCCCCCGACCAGGCCCCCCGACCAAGCCUACUGACCUGCCACUCGGACCCCCUCCCUCAGGACCCCCGCCCUCCAUCCCCGGUCCGGCCGGCCCCCCUCUUCCAGGGCCCACGCCAGCGAGGCCCCAGGCCAUGCAGGCCCCCAUGCAGCCCCAGGCCCAGCCCCAGGCCCAGGCCCCGGCCCAGCCCUCAGUGCGGUCCCAGCUCCCCCCGCCCAUGCUGCCCACCUUCACGGCGCCGUCUCAAGCGCCACCCGCCGCUGGCACUGCCGGGACCCCCCAGGGUCUGUCGUCCCCCAAGCCCCCCCCACGAUCUCGCUCCUCUCACGGCCUCCCCCCCGAGGCCACUGCCGCCGCCGCAAAGGCCGACGCUGCCACUCCCACUGGACAGCCUAAUGGACUCAACGGCAUCCAAGGAGAAGCACAAUGGAAGCCUGACCCCUUCGACACACUCGCAUCCAACCUCCUCUCCUCUUCCUCCUCCUUCUCCUCCUCCUCCUCCUCCUCCUCCUGGACCAACACUCGCUCCCUCACCAGGGGCUCCUCCCUGCGCUCCCCCCCCUCCGCUCCGGGCCACCUGUCCUCCUCCGGCACCCUGCCCUCCUCCUUCUCCGUCCAGACCGCCCCGCUCUCCUCCCUGCAGGGCCUCCAGCCCUCCUCCUCCUCCUCCUCCGGCUCCUCCUCGUCCUGCUCCUCCUCCUUCUGUAACGCCACGCUCCUCCUCCCGCCGCCGCCCGUCCCGUCGCGCAGCCGCUCGCAGGAGUCUCUGCGCGCCUCCCCCCUGCCCUCCCAGGGGGAGGCGCCCCCCGCCCGGCCCAGCAGCACCAACCCCUUCAGGGGCCCGCUGAUGAUGCAGCCGCCGCAGCACCCCCCCGUGCAGCCCCCCGCCCCUGACCUCAGACUCCAGCCCCCCACCCCUAGUGCACUCUCUCAACCCCUCAUCCCCCUCCCCGCCGCGGCUCCGCCUCCGUCGGCGCUUCCACCGUCGGCCCCCACGCCCGUCCCCCUGCAAAGGACCAUGUCCCUGCUGGGACCCUCGCUCGCUCUUCCUCCCCCUACGCCGGCCCCCCUGUUCCCCCUGGGCCCCACCUUGCCCCUGGCCCCGGCCUCCUUCUCUCGCUCGGCGACGCUCCCGCCUCGCCGGCAGCCCCCCGUGUCGGGGCUGGACAAGCCCACCCAGUCCAGGUGGGUCACCUUCGACGACGACCCCGACUUCCCCCAAGGGCCCGCGGCCCCGGGCCUCCCGCCCGCCGGCCCGCUCCCACCCCAAGCCCAGGCUCGGCUGCCCUGUCCCGGGUUUGACCCGAACCCUUCCUGGGUGUCUUCCUCCACCCCGUCCUUCCCAGCUCUCCCUCCACCCGUCCCCGGCAGGACGGCGCCCAGCGAGCCCCCCAAGCCGCCGCCCGGAGCCCUCUUCUCCCUCGACUUCUUCCAAGAUUCCUAGCGUCAGGCACAUGGAGCGAUGUAUAGAUAUUGGGUAAAUGUUUACUUGUGUGUGUGUGUGAGUGAGGUAUGUACAAAAGAGAUGGUGUUUAAGAUGAGUAUCGACCAGACCUCUGAAUCCGGAUAAAAGAAAAGGGAAAUAUUUCUUGAGUGUUUAUGAAUGAACGGCAACACAGGAAAUGUACAGGCCACAACGUCUGUUACCCCCAUACAAAGUUAUCAGUUAUUUUUCCUUUUACAUCAAAAAUGUUCUUAUGAAUGCCUCAUAAGACGGUCUAUUUUUAUUUAGGGCAGACGUGCCCGGGUCUAUAUAGUUGUAUAAAGUACUAAAUGUUCGUAUUUGCGAGACAAUUGUGUGUUAUGUAAUCUGCGGUGCAAUAUCGGUCCCACAACCAACACGUGGCGUUUGCUUAUUGUGAGGUCGUCACGUAAAUAUAUAGAAUUAUCUAAAUAGUCACAGACACACUGGUUCAUAUCCAACACACCAAGAGCUCCGGCAAGGGUCACAGCUAUGUCAUAUCGGACUUCCAGGGAGUGCCCUUUUAAAGUAGAACGCUUGUGUUUUUCGCUAGCUCACUCGGUGAAAAUGACGUACCUGGCUUUGCAUUGGAAAGUAGAUGCGUCUGUCUCCAAAUGGCUAACUGUCUAAUGGCCAACUGGCUAACCGUCUAUAGUGUCACUGAGCAGAAGACCCGCAGCUCCGGUACAUUAAAGGUUUUGAGGAGGUCGGCCGGUAACUGCAUCAGUGCAGUAGCGAUACUUGCAACAUUUUAUUAUUAUUUUAAACAUGAAUGUACUUUUAAGUUGCACUGGUUAGUGACGCUGCGCAGCGGCGACAAACCUGCUUCUGCAGCUGCUUGUAAUCACAAAACGAAUGCUCUGUGAUAUUAUCUUCUGGGCUCAAGCUAACAAAUCGCGGUUUUCGCUCUGCUCGGUUCUUCGUCGGUCUCUGGCCUGCGUACGCUUCGCUAAAUUUGAUUCUAUUUUUUUUUUUUAUUACGGUAUAUUAAAUAGAAAUGUAUACAUGGUAAUUAUUAUGUAUGUUUAUUCUCCCUGGGCUGAUAUUACUCACGUGAUGUGCGUUUCUAUAUCUGUUACAACCUGUUAUCAUUUUGAAUGCAAAACUGUGUGACUGACUUGCACUGACGUUCCGCUUCCGUACAUUCUCAUGGCCGUAUUCAACGUGGUGGUGGUGGUGGUGGUUGUUGUGGCAGGGUUUGAGCCCUGUGUACCGAAAGGGUCCAGGGUUUGACGCAAGGGAUUGGAAGCUGCUUCCACCUCUUGUCUAGUGGUUAGGCGUAGAUUACUCUGAAUUUAUCCAAAGCUCCAUAGCCAUAACUGAGGGAAGGGUGCGCCGAGAUCUCUGAGAUCUUGGAUGACCUUCUCGGGGUCUUUUGGCAUAUCCUACCGGAUACAAGUGAGGUGCAUACCAAUUCCAUGCAGAAUGCUACAAAAAAAGGGCAUUUUUCUCUUUUUUUGUUCUGUUGUAUUGUUUAUUGCUGAAAGAAUAUGCAUAUGUUUCUGUUUGUAAAAAAAAAAAAAAUGCUCUUUAGAUCUAUUGAUGAUGUGUUGAGAAGUAACGUGCUGUGUUUGAGGUGUGUAAUGUCAUUGUGUGUGUGUGUGUGUGUGUGACGUGUCUGAAUGUGUGUGUGCAAACAGACUUGACCUCCAAACAGUCAGUCACUGUAUUCCCCUGGCAGUGGCUUGAACCAUAGAGGAUUGCUGUGUCCCCUACAAUGGUUUGUAUUGUGGCAUUAGGGAAUAUGGAAAUGUACAGUCAACGCAUUUUUUUUUUUUUAAAACUAUUUUAUUCUUUAAGGCACCCUGCUGAGAAAUGGUCCCAUUGGAAUGUGGAGAUGUUGACCAUACCUUUACUGAAAAAUAGAGUUCAAUAAAGUUUAACUGAAGGGAACAGUGUUGAACAACACAUGCCACCGUGUUGCAGUGGGUACCUUGUGGAAAACAAUGUGGUGCAGUUGUCCGCUUUAAAAGACUUGUGUUGGAUUCUUAAGACUGUUUUCGUGGUAUUCUCAGCAAAUGCUCUUGGCCAGCCAAUUGACCCCACAGGUUAAGUUGUGAUGUUUGUGUUGAUGGUGGUCACUCUCGCUCACUCUCUUUGGAGUUUUUACCGAUAUCUAAGGUACUGUUGCAGAUGAAUAUGAAAAAUGAAUAACCAAGCGGUUGUGGUUGUUUCAGAUCGUCCCCACUAUGUCCAUAUUAUAUUUGGCUGUACCCCCUGCAUUCAUAAAUGCUCCCAAGAGUCCAAAGGUAAUGCAGAGAAUGUGAUGAGAGUAACACUUUACUAAUCUAUAUCUUGUGUAUUGCAACCCAAUGUUCUUGAUAUAAAUAUAAAUAGAUAUUUAUUGGCUUUGCAAAAUAAAUAUCUAUCUGAACUGAAAACAGCUGAAGUGGGUGCGGGUCAACUGCCCAUGGCUCUAUAUUGUUAUCCCGAAAACACCUUUAUUCAAUCCAGUCGUACCACAUGUUUGCAGUAGAGACUGAAACGUCAAUGAUAGCUUAGUAGUGCUUCUUGUGUCCAGUCAUGUUCAGAUGAGAUUUUAUAGAAAACACAUUGGUCCAUUCGUUAGGUUGGUGUCCCCAUUUAUGCUUCUGAUUCAAGUAGUAAAUUACAAAUCUGUGUUGUUGACCAUACUCUGUAUGUAUUAAUGGAAAAAGUAAGCUGCAGUUUAUGUAUCAAAUAUCCAAGAGUCCAUAUUUAAGUGAAAAGCUGACGGCACAUUUAUGUAUAAAGCACUUUGUGUUGUAUGUAUGCAAUAAUAAAUGUCAGUUGACCUGCAA